AUGGCUGCUGCUGUUGCCGCUGCCGCCGCUGCUGCUACGGCUGCCACCACGCCCACAGUCGCGCAGACACUGGCAGCCGGGUCAGCGUCCACCUCAACGCUUGUCGCCAGUAGUGCCAACGGCAGCAAUGGGUCGCAACCUCAACAAGCGCCUACUCAGUCGGUCUUUGCUCGCCUGUUUCAUGGACUCACUGGCGCGUACCUCCUCAACACAAGCAAGGAAACGCCGAUCGGCGGUUCCGGGGUUGGUUAUGUGGCCGUUGUGCUGUUAGCGCAAAAGCCGGUACCGUGGUAUGGAUUGCUAUCCGUGCAUUUCCCCCUUCAUCGAACAAAGCCAAAUGCCGACAUUCCAUGGCUCGGCAAAGUGGACAACUUGAUUCCGUUCCAUUCUCUCACACCCGUCCAGCAGCAAAGGUACAUUUCGCUCGCAUCAAGCGCCAGCGUGGCAAGACGAGCCGGUUUGGGUGAGGAAUUUCGCGAAACGCACCUGUACAUUCCUCCAGCAUCCGAGGUCGAGCCACCAAGCUACGCUUCCUUCUCGACGUCCAGCUCGACCUUCACCAAUCCAGUGAGCUACCUCAGCAGCACUAGCGAUUCUAUCCGAGUCGAGUACAGCAAAAUAGCAACCUUUAUUCGCAGCAUUGGCCGCAAGCAAUGCGACUUCUUGCCCGAGCUACAAAACUGGCAUAACUUGGCGGUUGCGCUGGCUUGUCCAUCUCUCGUUGAGGUUGUCAUUACUCUGCUCGCCAAUCGCAAAAAACAAAUCAUCGAGCAAGAAGAUGGCGGGACAGAUCCCAAUGCCAUGAAAUUGAUAGCAACGGCUGUAGAAUCCUGCCAAGCCAUCUUGGCGCGAAUCCCUGAAACGUCCAGUCUCGCUCCCCUCCCGUUGGCUGUGGGGAAUGAUGCCAACGAGUCUCUGUCACGAAAGGCGCUGCCCCGUUCAAAGCGCACCAUGGAGGACGACGAAGAGGACUAUGACGAACGAACCGAGCGCGAUAAACUGCGCAUCAAACGCAUUCGAGUGCAGUCAUCCGCCCCUUCAUCCUCCAUGAGCACGCCUGCACUAGCCGUGCCACCGCAUUCUGUUCUCGCCGCAGCCGCAGCAACAACAGCAGCCAGAUUCGCAAGUGCCUCCACCGCAACUCCCGCCCCAACCGCUGCUGCAGCAGAUGCCGCCGCCGCAACUCAUCCAGCAGCUCCCACUCCAACCUCUUCAGCUCCCUUCACAACUACCACCAGCACAAUUUCAAACCGAGGGUGGGUACUUUGUGGCCAGUGUCUUGCCGAUGAAUCUCGGUGUUCCAGCAGCGAGUGCGCCGCCCAUGAUGCCCAUGGGGCCAAUGGCGUAUGGGCCCAUCCCGAUGGGACAUCCCGGCAUGAUGUACCCGAUGAUGCAGUACGGUAUGCCAGCGUAUGGCAUUCCUCCAAUGGCCCAUCCACAAACGAUGGUGCCGUACGAGCAAAUGCAAACAAUCAACCCGCAGAUGCAACCACCGAUGCAACAGCAGCAGCUGCAGCCGAUGGAUCCCAUGCAAGCAAUGUACAACCCUGGUCCAUCACCGCACAGCUCGUCCUAGUCGGGCUGUCGCC